GCCUCCCCGUCGUCCACGGCCCCGCCCCGCGCCGUGCCGGCAUGUGAGCCGUCGUUACCGCACAGCACCGUCGCGGAGUCACCCGAGCCCCAGUCCGCAGCUCAGCGCAGCCAGCGCAGCCCAGCGCCAUGAAGCUCCUCGAGUGCAUCCUGCUGCAGGUCGCGGCCGUGCUGGUCCUCUGCUGGCUGUGCGACGGCGCCACAGGUGGCUGUUCUCGCUAUGGCCACGCCUGCUGGGGUGGACACGGCAAGCGCAGCUCGCACGACAAGCUGGCCGAGCUGGGCGCCAAGGGCGUCGGCAAGGUGCUGGACAGGGAGGUGGACGCCGACGACGCGGCCGUGGUGGACGCUCAGGAGGCGCCCCAGGACCCCGAGGACGACGCCGAGGUGCCGCAGGCGGAGGUCUUGGAAGCGCCCGACCGCCAGCGACGCCCCUUUCAAGUGGCCCGGAGAUUCGGUCUCAACGCCUUGGCCGAUUACAUUUCCAUCCCCAGUGGACAGGUAUUUCAAGACCCGGAAGCUGCGGAUGAGAGCGAUGAAGAGGUUCACAGAAUCAGGCCACAGAAUCGGCGCAGACACAAGAAUGGGGACAAUGAUCUUCAGGUACUGAUCAUACCAAAUGAGGAAUCUCAGGUACCUGAUCUGCAUAUUUACAAAAUACUUGGCCAUGCACCAAGAAAACGAGUUUAAAUAAAAAUCUUGAAGGAGCCAUCAUUGUUAAAUGUUAAUGAAGAAAAGACUUAAAAGUACAUAAAAAACUUGGUCUUCAUUUUCUCUUAAAUAUAAAUUCAAUUUUGGCCAAAUU